CCAUUGAGAAACCCCUCGGCCAUCACGUGAGGGAGGCGAGCGGCGCGCGCGACGUCACGAGGCCCGGGCCAAUGGGGGCCUCUGUUUAUGUCGCGGCGUAGCGGGAGCCGACGAACGUUCUCGCCCCCGCCGGCCCUCAGGCUGCGGCUCCGGGAGAUCACGGCGCUUCGCCCGCCGCCGCCGGCUCCUCGGCGCCCGCGUGCAGGCCCGCCGCCUCGGCCGGAUCCGCGACCCCGCCUCGGCGCCUGGAGGACAUGCGGGAGGGAGAAUGAGCCAGAGAGACACGCUGGUGCAUCUGUUUGCUGGGGGAUGUGGCGGUACAGUGGGAGCUAUUCUGACAUGUCCGCUGGAGGUUGUGAAGACAAGGCUGCAGUCCUCAUCCGUGACACUGUACAUCUCUGAAGUUCAGCUCAACGCCACGGCCGGGGCCAGCGUCAACCGUGUCGUGUCACCGGGCCCUCUCCAUUGCCUAAAGGUAAUCUUAGAAAAAGAAGGGCCUCGCUCUCUGUUUAGAGGAUUAGGCCCCAAUUUAGUAGGGGUAGCCCCUUCCAGAGCAAUAUACUUUGCUGCUUAUUCAAACUGCAAGGAAAAGCUGAAUGGUGUAUUUGAUCCUGAUUCUACCCAGGUACACAUGAUUUCAGCCGCAAUGGCAGGUUUUACUGCAAUCACAGCAACCAACCCCAUUUGGCUUAUAAAGACUCGGUUACAGCUUGAUGCAAGGAGCCGUGGGGAAAAGCGAAUGGGUGCUUUUGAAUGUAUUCGCAAAGUGUAUCAGACAGAUGGACUUAAAGGAUUUUACAGGGGCAUGUCUGCCUCCUAUGCUGGCAUAUCAGAGACUGUUAUCCAUUUUGUUAUUUAUGAGAGUAUAAAGCAAAAACUGCUGGAAUGUAAGACUGCCUCUGUGAUGGAAAGCGAGGAGGAGUCUGUGAAGGAGCCAUCAGAUUUUGUGGGAAUGAUGCUAGCCGCUGCCACCUCCAAGACGUGUGCCACAACUCUUGCGUAUCCACAUGAAGUUGUAAGAACAAGACUACGUGAAGAGGGAACAAAAUACAGGUCGUUCUUUCAGACACUGUCCUUGGUUGUUCAGGAAGAAGGUUACGGGUCUCUUUAUCGUGGCCUGACCACUCAUCUGGUGAGACAGAUCCCAAACACAGCCAUUAUGAUGGCCACCUAUGAACUGGUGGUCUACCUGCUGAAUGGAUAGCAGUGUGGGGCUGCUUUGAAGAGAGAAGACCAAAAGAUUGCAGUGGACCAUGGAGUAUCGAAGCCAGCGUGGUGCACAGAAGAACAGCAAUUUUGGAACAUGUAACUAUGCCUAAGUGGGAGUUUGGUUGUUGGAGUGGAAGUAACCAUCCCACGUUACUUGGUCUUUCAGUAAUGUG